AUGUCCAUCCCACUCCUAGAUGCCGCCCACUUCACCUCUGGCUCGCCCACCGACCGCACCCAGUUCUGUCAAGACCUGGUUGCCAGCGUCCUUCGCUAUGGCUUCGUACGGCUGAUAAACCAUGCAAUUCCCGAGCCGGUUAUCCUCGACAUGUUCGCGCGUUCGACCGACUUCUUCCAGCUCUCGCCUGCUCGCAAGACGGCCGUGGCUCAUCCUAGCGGCCCCGACCCCCAGCGCGGAUGGAGUCGAGUAGGCGAGGAGCGUACGGCCAAAUUAUUUCGUCACGGUGGUGGCUGCGACGACUAUGACUGCAGUAAUAUGGACUAUAUGGUUGAUGCCCGGGAACACUUCGACCAGGGCUCCCCGUUUGACCACGAAUGGGCCAACCGGUGGCCAGCCGAGGACGAGCUGCCCAACUUCCGGACCACAAUGGAGGCCUUCUACGCUGCCGUCCAUGCGGUCGCGCAGACGCUCAUCCUACCGGCGUUGGAGGAAGGGCUUGGACUCGUUCCGGGCUCGCUGGUGCGGCAGUGCGCCGGUCCCCACAGCGAACUGCGCCUGAAUCACUAUCCGGAGAUUCGCCUGCGCGACCUACGCGGCGGCACCACCAGUCGCAUCCACCCGCAUACUGACCUGGGCGUGGUGACUUGUCUGUUCCAGCACGGCGGCAUGGGCGGUCUCCAGGCCCGCGACCAUGAGACGGGAUGCUGGGUCCCGCUGCACACCGAGUCGGCUGCCGAGAUGAUCGUUAAUAUCAGCGAGACCCUGGAGCGCUGGACGAACGGCCAGCUGCGGGCGGGCGUGCAUCAGGUCACUGUCCCGCCGAUGCUGCAGGAUGAGCCGGACGAUGAGACGUUGGUGCCGCCGCGAUUAUCGACGGCUUUCUUCCUCAAGGCGAAUCGCGAUGCCUGUGUCGGGGCUCUGUCGUGUUUUGUAUCGGAGGAGUGUCCUCGGAGGUUUGAGGAGAUGACUGCUUUGGAGUAUCAUCAGCAGCGACUGGCUGCGGCGUAUUAG